GCCACUAGAGGCUGAGCCGUCGAGUGGCCCCGAGUGUCGACCGGUCGGAUGUCCGCGGAGGGCGGCGGCUACUCGCCGUGUCCGGCGGAGGCGCUGCCGGAGCUGAGCGCUGCCGAGCUGGCGAUGAGCCUGUCGCCCAAGUCGGCCUUGCUGCAGCAGAACCUGUCCCAGCUGCAGCUCCAGCACUCCACGCCGUUCUCGGUCACCGACAUCCUGUCGCCCAUCGAGGAGUACCGCAAGUUGGAGCUGGCCAACAAUCCGCCUUCGCCGUACAGGUCCAACUCGUCAGGCAGCAGCAUCAACUCCCCCCUGGGGCCGGCGGCGUCCUGCGGGAUGGCCGGGAACCCUUACGCGGUGCCGCUGUACGGCGGGGCUCCGGUCCAAGGUUACGGCUGCGCGCCCGCGGACCUCCCGCACUAUGGGGACAUGCGCGGCGCGAGCUGGUAUCCCGCCUCCAACGACCCCAGGUUUGCCAUUUCCAGGCUGAUGACCUCAACGUCGGGCGGUAUGGGCCACGUCAACAACAUGGGUGGACUGGCGGCCUGCGCUGGACCUGAUGCAAAGCCAAUGCAGUUCCCACUAGCGCAGAGGCGUAAGAGAAGAGUACUGUUCACUCAGGCACAGGUGUACGAGCUGGAGAGGAGGUUUAAGCAGCAGAAGUACCUGUCGGCGCCGGAGAGGGAACACCUAGCGUCGCUCAUACACCUCACGCCGACACAGGUCAAAAUUUGGUUCCAAAAUCAUCGCUACAAAUGCAAACGACAGGCGAAGGAGAAGGCGAUGGCGGAACAGAAUCAACACAAUCAGUCGGCGUCUUCUCCGCGUCGUGUGGCGGUGCCAGUGCUGGUGAAGGACGGCAAGCCGUGCGGGUCGGGCGAGUCCUCGUCCCCGGCACACUGCGCCACCCCCACCAGCUACCCGGCGCCCCAGCAGGCCGCCUGCAGCAACCUGUCGUACCGCCAGCCCGCCGCCUACCAGCAGCAGUGCUCCGGCUACCUGCCGCUGCAAGGACGAGCCUGGUAGAAAUUCCCACAGCUUUACCACGAGACAAUGUUCAAAGAGGAGAUGUACUUCGAUUGAUUCCACGCUGACGGAUGAAGUCGAGUCUCUGUUUCAUGUCAAAGAUUCGUUUGGCGUCUUCGAUGGGAACAUUGUCACUGGUAAAGCGGUGGAAGAGUCUACCGUGAGUGACGUUUAGUGAGUGAUAGUGACCUUGGUGACGGUGACGGGAGUGUCGGACCCUACAGCGGCAGUCGGUGUAAAUAUUCAGUUAGAGUAAAGCACCACUAAGGAUUUGACUUUAAUCUUAUAUUUCUUGUAAAUUGUUUUAGUCGAAUGCAUUCCGUUUUGAUUUCGUGAAACUGAUUUCCCGUACCUUAAAAUACUCCACACGUAAAGUAUACAGUGUAGUGCCGGUAGCAGACACCAGAGAUUCCGUUCUGAUGACCCUCAGCUUGUAACCCUAGAGCUACUGUAAAUAACUGAUGAAGUAGGUAAUUGUUGUGUGAAUAGUAUAAUUUAUAUUUCAAGCGAUCGAUGUUUGUUGUGAGUGUGUAGAUAGACGGUUUCUUGUACAUAUCUUAUAGCUGACAGAACGUUUCAUACAUAUAUUAUGUUACAAUAGUCUUCUAGAUGCAAAUGUUACGAUAACGUAAUGAUUACGACAUUAUUAUUAGUGGUUCGUUUGUCCGGAGAAACUGUGAAAAGUAUGUAGUACCCAUUGAACGGGAAUAAAACCGAUUGCAUGUUUGAUUUAUAGCGACUUAUGAAGUUGAAUUAAAAAACUUUCUCAUACGAUGCAUAUGUUUUCUUUUGCCCGUACAACGAAGUUAUUUUGUCAGCCCAAUUUUCCUCCGACCGAAGGGUGUGGGUCGGCUAAGAUAUCGAAUACAUGAGCGUAAUUGACUACGAGCCCCUAAUUGGGUGCCGAUCGUGUAACCCCUCCUUUACAGAUUAUAAACAACCUCACGAAUACAUCAAAUUAAUAUUGUACUUAAAAUUAUUAUUUUUCUAUUUACGAUGUAAAUAUUAAUGUAGACUAUUCGAAGUGAGUUGGUAAUAUAGUAGAAAAUGGCGUGAGAGCGCGGAAAGGAAACAUAGCAAUAAGUCUUAAGUAAUUUUGUCAGUUGUAACAGAUUUUUUAAAGAUUAUUAUUAAUAUUUUGUAACUUAAUUUAUACGGACAUGUUUUGCGAUUUAGGCCGAUGUAAUUAUUCUAGUUAGGUUUAGUGAAGUUGUAAUUAUAAAUAAUAGAAUUAAUACCAAAAGGAAUUUGUAACGGUAACGAGGUGAGGUGUAUGAAUUUCGAUUUAUUAAUUUAAU